AUGGCUGCCUUCCAGGUUCCACUGGACGACGACAAUGAUUUCAACUGUCCCUUCACGUUGGCUGAACUGGAUUUUGCGCUGUCCAAAGGAAAGACAUACAGCCGGGCAUGGACCCCCGGCGUGCUGAAAAAGCUGGCCCUCUGGGGUGUCACCGGCAACCUCCUUCACUUCGUUAAAAACUUCUUACUGGAUCGUUCCUUGCGAGUUCUACUCGGAAACCAGUCUUCCAAGACCGUGAAGAAGGAAACUGGUGUACCCCAGGGUUCCGUGAUAGCCGUCACCCUGUUCCUGGUGGCAAUGGAGGAUGUCUUUGCCAACCUGCCGAAGGAUGUCUUCAUACUGGUAUACGCCGACGACAUUCUGUUGCUCGCCGUCGGCAAGCACAUCAAGGCGAUCAGAAUGAAGCUCCAUGCUGCAAUUCCUUAA